AUGUCGGAGGCAACGGAAGAAAGCAAUGAAGCGGAGAAGAAUGUGCAGGCCAGAGCUUUUCAGUGGCAUGCUUUGGAGCAGCAGCAAAGAAGCCUUCAGGAAGAAUACCGGAUAGCGAUGCAAGACAUGAAGAGUCAGGUGAGCAAGGGCAACGAGCACUAUUCCAAGUUGCAGGAACUGGAAGAGGACAUCCGAACCUUUGAUGAUGAGUCUGAACUCCUGACCCUUGGCCUUCAUGAGGCUGAGAACCGAAAGGAGUACUUGCUCAAGGAGUACGGGCUUUUGCAGCAGGCCUCCAGCAAUUUCGACCGACACCUUCUCCAGCAGUGGGCCAAAGAGGUGCUCCGCUUGAGAGUAGCUGCCCAAGUUCAGUCUUACAAGGAUGAACUGGAGCAUUGGAAGCAAGCUGCCAGUGAAGCUCAGCCAGACCACGCAGCAGUCACCAAUGCAAGCAGUCACCAACAGGCAGCUGAAGAGCUGCUACGACAAAAGGCCAACGCAUUGGAGGAGCAACUCGCUGCGAAGGAAAGGAAGUUGAAAGAGUUCGAACAGCAAUUGCAGCCAGAGGAGAUUCCAGGCAACAUUCGGUCUGUGCCACCGGCUCUGCAUGGCUCCCUCUUCCUUGGGCCAACCCUGUCAGGGAUGGACAUUGCACAGCGGCGAGCCCUGGUGAUAGGCUGCAACUACUGCAACUCCUUUGCAGCUCUUAAAGGAUGUGCAAAUGAUGCUUGGAACAUGAACUGCUUGCUGCGACAGUCGCUGCAGUAUCCUGAGAGCCAGGUUCGGUCUUUGAUUGACUUCUCGGGCUCAACUGCAUCCCCUCCAAAACGGCUUCCAACCAGGGAGAACAUCAUCGCUGAACUACAGUGGCUCACAGGAAAUGCAAAACCAGGGGACAACAUACUCUUGUACUUCAGCGGAUACGGAGCUCAACAGCCAGUUUCAGAGAUUGACGGCCUCUACGAGGGGCACCUGGUUCCCAUGGACUUUGCUGAAGAUCUUCCGGAGGACGUCCUGCAUGAACUCCAAGAUGCAGUUUCUUUGGACUCGCCGGGGCUGUCCUCCGAGUCACUGCGGCGGGCAGUUCACUCUGGUGGCUACCGUCUUGUGCCCAUGUCUCUCAUCACCUCAGCUCUCCAUUCCCUGCCUCCCAAGUGCAAGGUGACGCUGCUACUGGACUGCUGCCAAAGUUCCGUUGUGCCACUCCUACGCCCUUCGGAAGCUCGAGCUUCGGGUGGUCCAGGGCCGCCACUGUUCAAGAGGCUUGCUCCGCGAAUCCAGGCGAUGCCAAAGAACCACAGCGCCAGCAUGCGGCUGCUGAAUCUUCCACCCUUACCUGGUGGACAAAGUUUGAGGCCUUCGACGUCACCCACCAGCUCGCCCAGCAAGUCUUCCACACACGUUGCUUCACCACAAUCCAUGAAAUCUCCCACCUAUCAAGAGGCCCCGGCAUUGCCGCAACCUUCGGCUCUGGAUGCCACUCAACAUCAUGGGAGUGUUUCACGUGGUGGUCCAUCUUGCAAAUGCUACAGCUUUGCCAUGUGUCAGAAUGACCAGGUUUGUUACGAGCUGCCGAUUGAAGGGUCCGUGCAAGGUGCAGGGACCUGGGCCUUUGUGAAGGCAGUUGCAGCUUGUCAUUUCAGUGUAUCUCUCGCGCAGCACAGCAAGGCCAUGGACAGCAUCUUGCAGAAUCUGCGCAGAAAGUACAGGUGGAUCCAGCAGACUCCGGUGAUUCAGCUUUCAGCCUCCGCUAACGUCGAGGAGAGGGAGAAGCUGUGUUUUCAUUCGGGCAGCAAGAAAAAGAAAGAAGAAAAGCCGCAGCCAACCGUUGAUCGAAAGCUUGCGUUGCUGAAGCUGCGAGAUGUCGCAUCUUCGAGUUUGCGGGAAGUCUUGUGGCAAGAUUCAGAGGUUCGAGAGAUUUUGCUCGCGGGCCUCGACGAAACGCAACCGGAGCUUGCAAGGGUGCUCUCCCUUGGGGUGCUGGUUCACCUGACAACAUCCCGCAAGAACUGCUCCGAGCUCCUCAAGAACGAGCAGGUUCGGCUGAGUCUCUCUCAACUUCAGUCAGAGGGCCAGCCCCAAGAAGUGCAGGAAAAAGCGCUCCUCGCUUUGGUGGCUUUGGCUAUUCCAGCCUUCCAAGACUGUCAAGAAAUCAGUGAGGACCUGAGAGAUGUGCUUGGAAAAGCUGCUGCCAGAAAUCGAGACAACGCGCAGCGAUUGCUCGUGUUCCGUGCGCUUUGGAGUGUCUCGACGGUAUGCGACAGCCCCGAGCUUUUCUUCGGAAACGACAAGAUCUGGGAGUCGCUUCUACAAAGCCUCCAGCAGGAAGAAGACCUUGACGUCCGUGAGAGUGGCCUUGGUUUGCUGAGUGCUCUGGCAAAUCAGCAGACAACUGCUCACUUCCUUUGGGGAGAUGUUGAUGACGAGGACGAUCCCCAAGGUGAACGUGUUCGAGAAGACAUUUUUGCAAACACACUUCGAUCUCAGCCAGCACGCAUUCGUGGAAGAGCUCUGGCUGUCCUAGCAGGCAUCGUGAGGGAUCCACAGAAGCGGCCGUCUGUCUGGAAUUACGUUUCAACAGCUUCCGUUUCAGAGGACCUGGGAGGGUUUUUCCAUGACACGGAGAUGUCGAAAGGCCAUGAGGUGGAUCUGGGUGCCAGACGUCCGCGGAGUACGUCCAGUGACGCAUCAGGGCGGCGAGAGCGGAAAGGAAGUGAUGCUUCUGCGACAUCCAAGAAAUCGGCUGAAGAGCAGGAAGCCAGGGUAGAAGCAGCUGAAAGAGCUACGAUGAAAGACAGCAUUAUGGCAGCAGCAGCAAGAACAGAGCUUCCUAGUGUGCGAUCACCAGCGCUGCGGAUUUUACUAGAGCUCUCCUGGGACGAGACCUUAAAGAUGUCGCUGAUUGAGAACAACAUUCCAGAACUUCUGCUUGAUGCUUGGCCUGAUCAGCGCUUGGGGUUGAAAGAGAGGAAGCUCUGCAAACAUGGUCACAGACGUCUCGUUGACUGGAACAAGGCGAGAAUUGCCGAAGAGCUUCGCAUUGAGCGUGAAAAUGAACGCCGAGAGCAAGACGCGAUGCAAUUUGAGGAGGACUUCCAGGACUGGUCUAAGAGGGACCGAGAAAAGACUGCCAUGAUGAAAGAAGAUCAGUCCUCGAAGGAGUUCAACAAGUAUCUCAGGUUUCUGCUGGAACAUGACCGGCAGUCCAUGGAGUCGGAAGAUCGACGAGCACGCUUAGUUCGUGAGGAGGAGGAGGCCCAGGCCUUUGCUGAGAAGGUCCGGGCCGCACGGGAACAGGCAACAACAGCAGCAGAAGAGGCUGCUCAGGCCAUGAAGCGAGUUGGCGGAGAUGCGGUUCUGCAAGCUCGUGAUGCCGCGGUGGCCGCCGCAGCCGCGGCGGCCAAGGCCAAGAUGCCGCCCCGGCUGCAAGCGCUGUUUGCGGCGGCGGAAGCAGCUGCAACUGGGGCCAGGGCCAAGGAGCCCCUGACACAAAAGGGUCAGCUCGACGAGGCUUGCAAGGCUGCUCUGCAAGUGGCCGAUCGCUACAGCAUGACCGUGGAAGAGAAGACGGCGAUCGCGGCGGAAGCCGCCGCGGCCGCUGCCACGUGGACGAGUGGUGAAGAGCGGGGCAAGAUUGCUCGGUCUUUUGCCCUGGCAACAGCCAUCGACUCAGAACUGCUCGGAUGGACAAAUCAGUUUGUCUAUGGUUUGUCUCAAAACAGCGAGACCGCCAGACCCAACCAGUCUUGA